AUGAGUGGAAAGGAAGUAGAAAAAGUAGGUCCAAAGAAGCAAAAGAUUAAUUGGCCAGCAGUCUAUCAAUACUUACUAGAUUAUUGUCAAGACACUACUAUUCAUGGAUUUAAGUAUAUUGGAUCUACCGACCGUCCAUGGAUUGAGAGAAUUUUCUGGAUGAUUGCGUUCAUCAUAUCGACAAUUGGAUGUGCUUUGCUGAUAUCUGAAAUGUUUGAAAAGCUCCAGACCAAUCCAAUUACUGUAUCUCUUGCUGAAAGGCCAAGUGCAAUUUCGGAGAUUCCAUUCCCAGCUGUAACAAUCUGCUCUGAAACGCAAACUGCAUUUAAGGACACUGACUUUAGUUUUCGACCAAUUAUUGACGCUGGGAAGAGUUACGAUUUCAGCAAGCUAAAUGAUCUUGACAAGGCACGACUCCAAGCAAUUGCAUUCGUCUGCAAACCUGAUUAUUUGAAGAAAGUUAAGUUCAGCACUCAAACUAAUAACUUGGUAGAGGUUAUGAGAAGUUUGGUCAAUGAAGAUUGGUUUUUAGCACAAUCAGCAGUUUGGAUGAAGCUGUAUGCAGCUCCAUUCGCUCUUAGACUUACUCCUUACGGCUAUUGCUUUACAUUCAAUGUAAUCAACGAUACGGACCUACUAAAUACCGAACAAGUCUCAUCAGACUUCUUCUAUACCCGAGACAUUAAACUAUACAAGAAGGAAGUAAAUGCAUUCCAUUUGCCACCAAAAAGUACUUUAGAAUUUGAUGCUGAAUAUCCAUGGAGUGCUAAGCUAUCUGAUCAAGACAGUGGACUUAGUGUUGCAAUGCGAUCAGAUAAUAGAAGUAAAGAUUGGUGGUGCUCACGUUAUGAAGGAUUUCGAUACUUUAUUCAUGGAACUAAUGAAUUGCUUUCAUCGACCAAUCGAUUUCAGCUUCAAUUUGGUGAACUUACUGAGUUAUUGAUCAAGCCAAAGAUGACAAUUACUGAAGAAGAUUUGAGGGACUAUACUUUGGAAAGACGAAACUGCUUCUUUGAUGGAGAAAAGAAAUUAAGAUACUUUAAGCAGUACACAAAGUACAAUUGUGAACAGGAAUGUCUAUCGAACUACACAGCUAAAGUUUGUGGAUGCGUUAAAUUCUCCGUGAUUCGCGACAAGCAGACCCCAAUAUGCACAGCAGAACAAAAUGAAUGCUUUGAAAAUGCUGAAAACGAACUGUUUAAUGGCGAAAUUACGUUGGACGGGAAGAGUAAUCAAAAUAGAUAUCAAGCUUUAAUGAAAUGUCAAUGUCUGUCUCAAUGUGAAUCACUGAAAUAUGAACUUGAAUUGGUCAAGACUAAUUAUAAGAUUCAUCUUGUUGAUUACAUGACAAUUGCAUCACUAAAGGUAUUCUUUAAGGACAUAUCCGUGCUGUCAAUUGUGGAAAUAUUCUAUUACUUUAUCUUGCGACUUGCAUGCAUUAUGAGAAAGGCACCAGGUGAUGAUGACGAUGAGGAUGUUGAAAAAGACGAAAAUGGAAAGGAAAAUCGCAUUCAAGUCAGGGAAGUUGACAAUAGACCAGAAGCUGAUCGUUACUAA